AUGGCUUCCGAACAAUUGCGCGUUCUCAUCGUCGGCAAUGGCGGCCGUGAGCACGCUUUCGCCUGGAAGCUGAGCGAGUCCCCGCUGGUCGACAUUAUCUACGUUGCUCCCGGAAACGGCGGUACUGGUCUGGGUGCCAACAGCAAGAUCACCAACGCCAAUGUCAAGGGUGAUGAUUACCCUGGCCUUGUGGCCUUUGCCCAGAAGAAUGGCGUGAACCUUGUGGUUCCUGGCCCCGAGGCCCCUCUGGUGGAUGGUAUCCAGGGCUACUUCCAGGCCGUCGGCAUCCGCUGCUUCGGUCCCUCCAAGGCCGCCGCUCGCAUGGAGGGCUCCAAGACCUUCUCCAAGGACUUCAUGCAGCGCCAUCAGAUCCCUACCGCUCAAUUUGGCAACUUCUCCGACUACGAGACCGCACGCCGCUACCUCGACUCCGUUUCCCACAAUGUCGUCAUCAAGGCCGACGGUCUGGCAGGUGGUAAGGGUGUGAUCAUCCCCGCGACCAAGGAGGAGGCCCACCAGGCUCUGAAGGAGAUGAUGCUGGACCACCAGUUCGGCAAGGCCGGUGACGAGGUUGUCAUUGAAGAAUACCUGGAGGGUGAUGAGCUGAGCAUCCUCACUUUCAGUGACGGCUACACCAUCCGCUCUCUUCCCCCAGCCCAGGACCACAAGCGCAUCUUCGAUGGUGACCAGGGUCCUAACACUGGUGGUAUGGGCUGCUACGCUCCUACUCGCAUUGCUCCCAAGGAGGUUGUCGAAGAGAUUGACCGUACCAUUAUCCAGCCUUCUGUUGACGGCAUGCGCAAGGACGGCUUCCCCUUCGUCGGUAUCCUAUUCACCGGUCUUAUGAUGACCAAAAACGGACCCAAGGUCCUCGAGUACAACGUCCGUGGUGGUGACCCCGAGACCCAGACCCUACUCCCUCUUCUGAGCAAGGACACCGAUCUGGCCCAGAUUAUGGUCGCCUGUGCUGAGCACUGGCUCGACGGAGUCUCGAUCAAGGUCGAGCCCAACUUCUCCACCACAGUCAUUGGCGUCGCCGGCGGCUAUCCCAAUGCCUACGCCAAGGGCAAGAAGAUCACUCUGGCCCCCGAGCCUGAGGGAACUCUCGUCUUCCACGCCGGUACCACCAUCUCCAACGGUGAGCUCCAAACCAACGGUGGCCGUGUGAUCGCCUCAACCGCCACAGCCUCCACACUCGAAGAGGCUGUCGCCAAGUCCUACGAAGGCAUCAAGACCAUCAGCUUUGAGGACAUGUUCUACCGCAAGGACAUUGCCCACCGGGCCUUCCGCCAAACCGCCAGCAACUCCCUCACCUACGCCGCCGCAGGCGUCUCGAUUGACGCCGGUAACGAGCUGGUCAACCGCAUCAAGGCUUCCGUCUCCCGCACCAAGCGCCCCGGAACCGACGCCGUCAUCGGCGGCUUCGGCGGUCUCUUCUCCCUCCCCGCCGCAAACUCCGCCUACCACCCUCUCUCGCCGACGCUGAUCGGCGCCAUCGACGGCGUCGGCACCAAGCUCAAGAUCGCUCACUCAGUCGGCAUCCACGACACAGUCGGCAUCGACCUCGUCGCCAUGAACGUCAACGACCUCGUCGUCCAAGGCGCCGAGCCCCUCUUCUUCCUGGACUGCUACUCCUGCGGCCACCUUGACGUCCCAACAGCAACAGCCUUUGUAACAGGCGUCGCUGAAGGCUGUGUCCAAGCCGGCUGCGCCCUAAUUGGCGGCGAAACAGCUGAAAUGCCAGGCCUCUUCGUCGACGACUCUUACGACGCAGUCGGAGCCGCUGUCGGCGCCAUCAACACCGUCGGCGACAACGCCCGCAAGAUCCUCCCUCACACCGACUCCAUGCGCUCAGGCGAUGUCCUCCUCGCCCUGGCCUCGUCAGGACCCCACUCGAACGGAUACUCGCUCGUGCGGAAGAUCGUCGACCGCGCCGGUCUCUCCUUCGGUGAUGCGGCCCCCUUCUCCAUGCCAGGUCUCGAGGACGGAGUUUCUCUCGGCCGUGCCCUGCUCACCCCUACCCGUAUCUACGUCAAGUCCAUCCUGGCCGCGCUGAACGCCCACGGCACCGCCAUCAAGGGUCUGGCCCAUAUCACCGGUGGUGGACUUACCGAGAACAUCCCCCGUAUGCUGCCUGCUACGCUUACCGCUGCUGUGGAUGUUGCUGCUUGGAAGCAACCUUCUGUUUUCCAGUGGUUGCAGCGUGCUGGUAAUGUCUCUUCUGAGGAGAUGGCUCGUGCCUUCAACUGUGGUGUUGGUAUGAUUAUUGCUGUUGAUCCUGCUGAGGAGGCUGCUAUUCGUGCUACCUUUGAGAAGGCCGGUGAGACUGUUUACCGGGUUGGUGAGCUGCGUGCUCGUGCUGAGGGUGAGGAGGGAACUGUCCUGUCUGGACUUGAGGCUUGGUCUGCUUAG